AUGCCGCCCUUCCCCUCGGGGCUGCUGGUGCUGACGGCGCCGCUGCCCGCGCUGCCCCGGCGGGCGGCGGGGCUGGUGGCGGCGGCGGCGGGGCUGGUGGCGGGGCCGCUGUACGUGCACCUGCAGCCGGGGCUGCGGCUGGGCGGCCCCGCCGGCCCCGGCCCCGCCGCGCCGCCCGCGGGCCCCGCGCUGCUGCGGACUCUGGCCGCGCUGUACGAGGCGGCGGCGGCGCGGCAGGGGCUGGACCUGCGCGUCCUGCUCGACCCCGGCCGCCGCCUGGCACGGCCGCCCCGCGUCCUGCUGGCGGCCGCCGCCGAGGCACCGGGGCCGCCGGAGCCGGUGCAGCUCGGGCUGCAGCGCCUGGCCGCGGCCGUGUACGGCUGCCCGCCCAGCCUGCCCGCACUGCUGCUGGGCGAGGACACCGGCGGAGGGGACCCCCAGGGGGACCCCGAGCAGGAUCCCGGCGCGACGCUCCCCGAAUUCUUGGACGUGGCGGUCGGCGGCACCUUCGACCGGCUCCACGGCGCCCACCGGCUCCUGCUCAGCGCCUGCUGCCUCCUGGCCCGGCGGCGGCUCCUGGCCGGGGUGGCCGACGGAGAUCUGCUCCGCCACAAGGUUCUGCCGGAGCUGAUCGAGCCCUACGAGCUGCGGGCGGCAAAGCUUCGCGAGUUCCUGGAGGACGUGAAGCCCUCCCUGAGCUACGACAUCGUGCCUCUGGCUGACCCCUUCGGCCCCGCAGUCACAGACCCCCACCUGCAGUGCCUGGUGGUCAGCGAGGAGACCCGCCGGGGAGGGGAGGCCGUGAAUAGGAAGAGACUUGAAAAUGGGCUCCCUGAGCUGGCCCUCCACGAGAUCCAACUGCUGAUGGACCCUGACCACCAACAGAACGAGGAGGAGAAAAUCAGCUCCUCCAGCCUCCGGCAGAGGCUGCUGGGGACGCUGCUGCAGCCCCCACGGCGAGACCCGGCCUUGCCGUCGCGCCCGUAUGUGAUUGGCCUCACAGGGGGCACCGGGAGUGGGAAAACCUCCAUCGCCAAACUCCUGGGGCACCUGGGCGCCUUUGUCAUCGAUGCUGACAAGCUGGGCCACGCCGUCUAUGCCCCCGGUGGCCCGGCCUACGAGCAGGUGGUGGCAGCCUUUGGGGCAGAGAUCUUGAACGAAGAUGGGAUGAUUAACAGGAAAGUCCUUGGGGCCAAAGUGUUUGGAAACCAGGAGCGGCUGAAGAGCCUGACGGACAUUGUGUGGCCCGAGAUAGCCCGGAUGGUGAGGGAGCAGAUCCGGGAGGCCGACGCUCAAGGGAAGGCCGUGUGCGUGCUGGACGCUGCCGUGCUGCUGGAGGCCGGGUGGGAGGACAUGGUCCACGAGGUGUGGACGGCCAUCAUCCCAGAGGAGGAGGCCGUGAGGCGCAUUGUGGCCAGGGACGGGCUGAGCGAGGAGGCCGCUCGCCGCCGGCUGCAGAGCCAGAUGACCAACAGGCAGCGGGUGGAGCGGGCGCAGGUGGUGCUCUGCACCCUCUGGGAGCCGGACAUCACCCGGCAGCAGGUGCAGAAGGCCUGGGACCUGCUGCAGCAGCGCUUGCGCCCAGAGCCCAGCCAUGAGCCCCACCUGUGAGGUGAGGGGCAGUCCUGCAUGGCCCCGGGAGGGUCCGUGUCCACCACUGCCCCGCGAGAGCCGGCGGAUGGAGCGGCGCGGGACCGAGCCCACCGAGCCCAUCCAGCUCCAGGGGGGGGCCGGGGCAUCCUGAUGUCCCCCAGUUCAGGGGACUCUGCAGGGCUGAGCCAGUAAAGAGGCUGCUCCCACUGUGCAUGUCCGUGUGCCGGUCCCGUGUCCCUGUGCCGGUUC